CUCAUCCGGCCUCACGUACACUUCCUCCCGACUCGCGGGUACCUCUUGGCCGCCAGGUCAUAAGUUCGCACAGCGAACCCCUAAUUUCCAACAGAACUCCCGUGUGACGUGUCCUUCCAAUGAAUUAAGUACAAGAUAUCUAUUUAUCUGGUCAAUUCGGUCUGCAUCCCCGUUGAGUUCCUCAUCCUCUGCUAGUAGUAGACCAUGUUGACAAUCACCGAUGUUGCUUGGUUGGACUUAUUAUGCCUUACCGGUGUCGGACUCUACUAUCUGGUAAAGCAGGUGGUCAUCAAGAAGAAUCCUGCACCAUAUCCACCUGGUCCCCGGGGAUGGCCUCUCAUUGGCAAUGUUUUAGAUAUGCCUCGCAUCAAGCCCUGGCUUACAUUUACUGAGUGGGGUCAGAAGUACGGUGAUAUCACGCAUAUCGAGGUUCUGGGUCGGCACAUAAUUGUGUUAAACUCUGUCAAGACUGCAUUGGAAAUGAUGGACAGUAAAAGCACUUUGUAUUCUGACCGUCCUGUUCUUCCUAUGGCUGGCGAACUUGCUGGAUUCAAGGACUGUGUAGCUUUCCUUCCUUAUGGUGACCGUUUUCGCCGGCAACGUAAGAACUUACAUCGCGUCAUCGGCAGUCGCACCGCAGUGGACGUAUACAACGAGAUCGAGGAGGUUGAGACUCGUCGAUUCCUGAAGCGUUUGCUUGCGAAUCCCGACCAACUGCAGGAACAUGUCCGACACACCACUGGCGCAAUCAUUUUGCGCCUCUCUCAUGGUUACGAAGUGAAAGAGAACAAUGAUCCCUUCAUUGACCUUGCAGAGCGCGUUGUAGCCAAUGCCUCGCAGGCCACGGCUCCCGGUGCCUUUAUGGUUGACAUUCUACCAUUCUUGGCAAAGGUCCCUGCGUGGUUCCCCGGUGCUGGCUUCAAGCACUUGGCACGUGAAUGGCGUGAGACCCUCGAAGAGAUGGUGUCUGCACCCCACAAGUUCGUGAAGGAUCAGAUGGUUGCUGGCACCGCCCCUGUGUCAUUGACCUCGAAUCUCUUACAAGGCAGUGAUGUGUCUGCGGAAGAAGACCAUGCCGUGAAGUGGUCUGCUUUUAACCUGUACGCCGGUGGUUCCGACACGACUGUUUCUGCAAUAUAUUCGCUUUUUCUGGCUAUGACGCUUUUUCCUGAUGUGCAGAAGAAAGCCCAGGCUGAGAUAGAUGCGGUUGUCGGUCCUGAUCGUCUUCCCACCUUCGCCGACCGCGACUCCCUCCCCUACGCUGAGGCGCUUGUCAAAGAAGUUCUCCGCUGGAACGUUGUCGUUCCCACCGGUUUUCCCCACUGUGUAAGUGAGGACGAUAUCCAUGAUGGGUACUAUAUUCCAAAAGGCUCCUUAGUGAUGCCUAACAUUUGGUUCAUGCUCAACAAUCCACGGACAUAUGCUAAUCCCGAGCAAUUCAAUCCUGAACGCUUCUUGGCUAAGAAUGGAAAGGAACCUGAGAUGGAGCCCCGCACAAUGUGCUUCGGCUUUGGUAGACGUAUUUGCCCAGGUCUCCACCUUGCUGAUGCUUCCAUUUGGAUAUCCACUGUGAUGACAUUGGCCGUGUUUGAUAUUUCAAAGGUUGUCGAGAAUGGUGUUGAGAUCACCCCCGAGGUUGAACCCUUGCAAGGUACGGUCAGCCACCCCAAACUCUUCAAGUGCUCCAUCAAGCCUCGCUCUGCAACUGCCCAUGGGCUCGUUGAACAAGACGCUAAUUACUAAGCUCAUGAUGGUGAGACUGGAGAAACACGCGGGGAUCACACACUUAGCAUGCGUUGUAAUUUGUAUAGUACACUCAGGAGUUGUGCAAUAUGAUUCUUAGAGUUCGCAC